CUUCAAAAAUAGUUGAGAUAAUAAUAUAUUUAGAAUCGUCCAUUCUUCAAAAUAAGGAUACAAUCCUCAGACUGGAGUUGUCAAUGGAAAUUCCUUCAGCUAAUAUAUCCGGCUACAUACAUCCUCAAACUGUUAACAUAUGGCACGACCAAUCACAAGAAAUUUCCAUCUUGCAGUUGAAAGAGACAUUCUAUGUCAGUGCUAGUACUUCAAAAAUCCUCAAAUACGACGGGGAAUUGGCCCUGAUUGACAACAUGAUGAAAGACAAAAUAACCGGAACGGUUCUACAAGUUCCAGUUACUGGACAGCCAGUUCCACGCAAAAAAAGUGGCGGACUUCUCUCAUCAUUGACAAGUUGCUUCCGUCCUAAAUAUAGCAAAGUCAAUCCAUGAUGAAUAUCUUGUGUGAAUACUUCGAGCUGUUAACAUAGGUUGAAUGACGAGUGUUGAUGUAAUAUUCAUGAGAUAUUCGAUUAUGAUUUGUGAAUGUUUUCUAUUUUUGUGAUAAUGUGAAAUAUUCCUUCUAUGUUUGGUUUUGAAGCAUCUAAAUUUGAAAAUCUUCCUUGUGAAAAUAAUUGGACUGAAAAUUUUGUGAAGUGAACAACUAAAAGACUUAACCUAUUUCGGACUAUGUGUAACCUUAUCUAAAUUUGGGGAGGAAUAGCACAAGGUUACCUUAUUUUUUCUCUCCUAUCAUUUUGAUUAUGUACUUAUUGUAUGAAUGAAUCAAUCAUACAUUACAAAUAGGCCUACUGACUGUUAAAAUAGAAAUGAAAAUGCUGACACGUCUUUAAAGAAACUCAGGAUUUCCAAUUAUUUCAUUGUGUGGUUUUAAUUGAAUUUCAAAAAUAUCAAUGUGAUUGUUCUAUUCUAUGUGUCAGUAUAAAGUUAUAUCACUCUAUAUCUUAGAACAUUUUAUCGUUAGUAAAAUAAUUAUUUAUCGCUUUUCUUAUGCCUUGUGAGUUUCUGCUCAAGGUUUCAUUUCAAGUUUCUGUUAUUUUUUUAAUACCUGUUUAAUAUAAAAUAUUUUACUUGCCUCCACUUUAGUUCUAAACUUGCAGCCGGCUGUGUACCACAAGUUAUAUUCAUUUCUUAUUGGAGGAAACUUAUUUGAUUUAAUUGUAUUGUAAAUUUACAAUCAUUGUAAGUUUUCUUUUAUUAGUAAUGAAUAAUAUUGGUGAGUAAUGUUAUAUUGGCAAAUAAAUUAUUAU